GUUUCUUUGUCAAUCGGCAUGUCUCCUAUUGGCCAAUCGAGCUAUCGAAACUUCGCGGCGGUGUAUACAUACUUUUCGUAAUCGCGGUCAAGGUCGGCUAGUAAACGCGACGGUAUAUAUAUAUAUAUAUAUAUUUACAAUGCACGCGUUUCGCCGUCCGUCAGAAACUGUCGUCGAUUGCGCGAUCGGAUUCUCGCGGCUCCCGUCGUGCCGGAUGAAGUCGAGUCGAGUGAAGUUCGGCUCGAUUCCAUCUGGAGAAACGUUUAGACGCUCUAUUUUUAAACCUGUAGACACCGCGAUGCCGGAAAUAACAGUUUAGCAACGUCGAUAGUAGACUUAGGAGAGACAAAUCGAUGAAGGGUACGGGCAUUGGCGAAUUAUGAAACGGUUUCUUUCAGAGGCUUGUGAGGCUGUAGUAAUGUUUAUGUGAUCUGCGAUCAGUGCGAUUGGAUAGAAACUUGUACGUCUUCCCGGAGUCCUCAAUGGUAGACGGCUAAGACUUCAAAUACUGCCGCUUCAUCGCAAUGGCAGACAAAUCAAAGCCGAUGAAUCUAUUCAGGAUAUUCGGCGAGGGUUCCAACAGAAACUGUUUAUUCCGAAGAAGAUCUGCGCCUAACAGGCCUACCAUGUUCCCAGUCAACCCGAGGGGUAUCAAGAGUACAACGAAUUUCAAACCGUCUAAGAACGAGAGAACGGUCGAGAAGACCAAGAGGAGCACCAUCCUAAGGGACGCCAUUCUAAAGUUAAGCGCUCCCGGAACUAGCGGUCUUAGUGAUAACCCAGUAGAUACGCUGUUCAAUAACACGUGUAAGCUCAGUAUUCCCAGUAAAAAUUCCAAGAUAAUCGACCACAAUUCGGUCAUGAAGGACUUGGAGGCGCUGAAAAUCAGUAAAGACAAUAGGCUGGUCAAGGACGACACUAGUAUUCAGGAUGACGAUUGCGAGGGCGCAGGUGGCUUCCACCGUGCUCGCAGUAACACGAUGCCGAACCUAAAGAGGGGCCCCGGCCCAGGCGGCGGCGAACAACGGACGACGACGGGCAACAGUGGACAGUCGGAUGCUAGUGGCGGUUCAUCCGGCCAGCAACAAUUAUCGAGCUCACCGAACACCUGUUCGAUUCAGGCGCGAAUAUCGCCGCCCUUGUCGAGCGACGUCACGAUCGGCGAACUCGCCGGCUACUUCGAAGAGUUCGUUCAUAUUCCAAAGAAGAUGUCGCAUAUGGCGGAGAUGAUGUACACUUAAUAAUUGUAAAGUAUCUUGGAAUUAUUUCAUAUACCGAAUGCAGACUUUCUUUCUUUUUUGUACCCAGUUUAUUCGAGGCUGCGUACACUUCACUCUCCAUAUACGAUACCGUAUCUCUUUUAUUCGUCUAAUUUAAUUUCCUAAAUUAUUUUUUUAACGUACCAGUAACGUCACCGGCAAGAAAAACGUUUACUCUCGCUCCAAUUGUGUAUAGUCCCGAAAUUGUUGAACUAUUUUAUAUAAACAUUCGGAAAAGUGUAGCGAGAUAUCGAUGUACUUUCUUCUGCAUUGUUUCUUUCGUUUUUUUUUACAUCAUCUUCGUGCACGAUAUUUGGUUUCUUUAGUGUAUAAAAGGGAAAAUGGAAUAUUAUAUUAUCUGUAUUUAAAAAGAAAACUUUUGUAUUACGAGAGAAGAAUAAUUGGUUUUAGAAUAAAUCGUAUGAAUUGAAAAA